AGUGCCUAUAUUGCCUCCCUGAAAGCAAGUAGUAAACUUCCACUUGCAGCUACUGCUGCUGCAAUUUUUAAGCAAGAGAAGAAAUUACUGUUUUCUAAGUAUGGGACUUUUAACUGCAAUAAUACGUGGGUCUCUUCAUUGGGAAACAUUCAUAAAUCUACCAUGAACACAAUUCAUGAUGACAUCCUUUCAAGAAGUCUCACAGACUUCCAACUUUGCCCAUGUCAUCUUUCAAAAUGUGGCCAAGAGUUAUCUUCCUAAUGCACACCUAGAAUGUCAUUAUACCUUAACUCCAUAUAUCCAUCCACAUCCAAAAGAUUGGGUUGGUAUAUUCAAGGUUGGGUGGAGUACUGCUCGUGAUUAUUACACAUUUCUGUGGUCCCCUCUGCCUGAACAUUAUGUGGAAGGGUCAACAGUCAAUUGUGUAUUAGCAUUUCAAGGAUAUUACCUUCCAAAUGACGAUGGAGAAUUUUAUCAGUUCUGUUAUGUUACCCAUAAGGGUGAAAUUCGUGGAGCAAGUACACCUUUCCAGUUUCGAGCUUCUUCUCCAGUUGAAGAGUUGCUGACUAUGGAAGAUGAAGGAAAUUCGGACAUGCUGGUGGUGACCACCAAAGCUGGCCUUCUCGAGUUGAAAAUUGAGAAAACCAUGAAAGAAAAAGAAGAACUGUUAAAGUUAAUUGCUGUUCUGGAAAAAGAAACAACACAACUUCGAGAACAAGUCGAAAGAGUGGAAAAAGAACUUAACCAUGAAAAAGAAAGAUGUGACCAGCUUCAGGCAGAGCAAAAGGAACUUACUGAAGUUUCAGAAAAUUUAAAAAUGGAAAAUGAAGAACUUAAGAGGGGAUACAAUUACGCUACAUCCAAAGCUGUCAAGCUUGAGGAAGAUAUUGUGUUAGUGACAAAUAAAGCAAUUGAAAAGGAAACUGAGUUGGACAGUUUAAAGGACAAACUCAGGAAGGCACAGUGUGAACGAGAACAGCUUGAAUAUCAGUUGAAGACAGAAAAGGAGGAGAAGGAACUUUAUAAGGUACAUUUGAAGAAUAGAGAAAUAGAAAAUACCAAACUUGUGUCAGAGGUCCAGACUUUAAAGAAUUUAGAUGGAAACAAAGAAAACAUGAUCACUCAUUUCAAAGAAGAGAUCAGCAGACUGCAGUUCUGUUUGGCUGAAAAGGACAGCCUGCAAAGGGCCUACUUGCUUACCACCGCAAGUAAGGAAGAUACAUUUAUUUUAAAGGAGCAACUCCGUAAAGCAGAGGAGCAGAUUCAAGCAACUCGCCAAGAAGUUGUCUUUCUGACUAAAGAACUUAGUGAUGCCGUGAAUGUGAGGGAUAAAACUAUGGCAGAUCUACAUACUGCACGCCUGGAAAAUGAGAAAGUCAGAAAGCAGCUGGCUGAUGCAGUGGCUGAACUUAAACUAAAGGCUGCCAGAAAAGACCAGGAAAAAACGGACACACUGGAACAUGAACUGAGAAGAGAAGUCGAAGACCUGAAACUCCGUCUUCAGAUGGCGGCAGAUCAUUACAAAGAAAAGUUCAAAGAAUGCCAGAGGCUCCAAAAACAAAUAAAUAAGCUUUCAGAGCAAUCAGCCAAUAGCAAUGUCUUUACAAAGAAAAUUGGGAGUCAGCAGAAAGUGAACGACGCCUCAGUGAACACAGACCCAGCUGCUGCUGCCUCUCCUGCCGGUGUGCCGCCACUGCCUCCUGCAGCAGAGACAGAUUUUGACAUUGUAACAAAAGGGCAAGUCUGUGAAAUGACCAAAGAAAUUGCUGAUAAAACAGAAAAGUAUAAUAAAUGUAAACAGCUCUUGCAGGAUGAGAAAACAAAGUGCAAUAAAUAUGCCGAUGAACUUGCAAAAAUGGAGCUGAAAUGGAAAGAACAAGUAAAAAUUGCUGAAACUGUAAAACUAGAACUAGCCGAAGUAGAGGACAAUUACAAACUUCAAUUGGCAGAGAAAGACAAAGAAAUAAAUGGUCUAACCUCACAUUUGGAAAGCCUCUCCCAGGAGCAGGAACUUAAAAGGAGUCUAGAAAAUCAAGCAGAAGGGAAAACGGAAGGUCAGAAUUCCCAGAGUCCCCGUCAGACUUCACAGGGUCUCAACACGUGCUCAGAGCAGAGCGGUCACGUUUCAGCAGUUCCAGACAUGCAGCCGGUCCUGCAGUAUGGGAAUCCUUACGCAACGCAGGAAGCCAGAGAUGGAGCAGAUGGUGCUUUUUACCCAGAUGAAAUCCAGAGGCCACCUGUGCGAGCAGCCUCCUGGGGACUGGAAGAUAAUGUCGUCUGCAGCCAGCCUGCUCGGAACCUCAGUCGGCCCGAUGGUUUGGAAGACCCCGAGGAUAGUAAAGAGGCCGAGAAUGUGCCCCCUGCUCCCGACCGACCCAGUAAACGUCUGCACGGGCACGCAGCAGGCUUCUGCUUUGAUUCCAGCUUCGAUGUCCACAAGAAGUGUCCCCUCUGUGAGUUGAUGUUCCCUCCCAACUACGACCAGAGCAAGUUCGAGGAGCACGUGGAGAGCCACUGGAAGGUGUGCCCCAUGUGCAGCGAGCAGUUCCCGCCCGACUACGACCAGCAGGGCUUCGAGCGGCACGUGCAGACCCACUUUGAUCAGAAUGUUUUAAAUUUUGACUAGUUGCUUUUUAUUACUAGUUAAUCAUACAGCUUAGCAGUUUUAAAAGAUGAUCUCCAGUAGACCACUAGGGAGAACACAGGUGAUCGCUUCCCUGCACCCUCUACGGUGCUUUUCUGACCAAGGUCCCCUUGGAGUUGGGUGUUACUAGGGUAGGGCCAGCCUUUGGCUUAUCAAUAAAUAGAAUUCUAACCUCUUUUUCUUACCUGCUUAAGAAAAGGCGUUCUUGGGUGUUUAUAUUUUUAUUUAUUCCCCAGUUUGCAAAAUAUAUGACUAAAGGAAACAAGGAUUAUUUUAAUGUUGCUGCUCUGAAAAGAUAUGUACUUAUAGUGUGUUAUUUAGCAGAAUAUUUACAAGGUUCUGUUGAGCUUGGUGAUUGAGCAUGACUACUAAUAUUAUGUAAUAAAAAGCAUUUAUCAUGAAUCUUGCAAAGUAAUUCGUUGAAUACAGAAAAUUCCAUAAUUUGGCCCAUGAAAUGGGGUUUCUUCUUUAACUUGCUUUAGAAAUGGAACCGUAUAUAGAAUGAGAGCAUAUGCUUAUAAUACAGCAGAUAUUUUUUACAUUAGAAAUGUUUGCUUUAGGAGUGGGAAGCACACGUUGCUAAUUGGUUCUGCUUCUGCCCCGUGGGGAAGUGGACCCAGGGGGGCCAGCACAGUGGCUUCACGUCACGUGAUCUGCGCAGUGGCAUGAAGGCACAGAGUGUGUCCUUUUUCACCUUUUCCUAAUGAGAGUAUAACUUUGAAAUAUUCUCAGUAAUUAAAAAUGUAACACAGAAACUCAGAUGAAAACAGCAUAUUUGUUAUGUCUCUGCUGUGUAUAGUAUUCUCAUUAACAUUAAAGAGGACACAUUUUUGGAGGUAAUUGUCAAAUUUAUUUGUGAUAGUUUUUCAUUAAAUCUAGUGUCUUGGACAUCUUUUUUUUUUAGUCUGGAUUUUAAAAAGGGUUUUUGAACUGUAUUUCUUUCUCUUAGACUAUGAAUGUUAACAAUAUUAAGUACUGGCAUUUUUAUCCUGAAAAUAUUCAAGCUUGUCAAAAGCAGACUAGCUAUUUAAGAUGUUAUGCUCGUAUUCACUGUGGUGGCCUUGGGGGCGCUGCAUAUGAGCUGCGUCGCACAGCAUGUUGCUUGUAUGUGUUUCUGGGAGAGAAUGUGCCUACUGCUGGAACCCUCUAUAAAGGUCUUCGAGUUUAAGGGGAAAACAGCAUCAGGCAGCCAGAGGCCAGAUGUUUAGGACAGAGCAGACCUGGGGCCACAGUACAAGUCGGCUGUUUCAGAGAGAAUGUUUGGUGAUGGGAGUGAUUUUGUUGCAUCAGUACUACUACCAGUAAAAUGGGAUUGUUUAUCUUAACUAGUCUAGAACUUGAGUAGCUUUUUGCCUCCAGCUGGAAAACAUCAAAAUAGGCCCAAUUCCAUUGUGGUCUGAGAGCAUGCUUUGUAUAUGAUUUAUAUUCUUAGGAGUUAAAGUGUGUCUUGUGGCUUACAGUAGUAGUCUUCCUCCGCGAGCGGUCUGAGUGGGCUUGGGCAUCGUGUAUUGUGUUGCUCGGUGAGGGCUGGUUACAGUUCGUUGACACUGUUGGGUUCGGCUGGGUCUUGCGUUGCUGAUAGAGGGAUGUUGACGUCCCCAAGUUAAAUAAAUAGUGGAUUUAUUUCUCCUAAA